AACAGCGGCCCUCUGCACCGGUUCGCAGUGUUUGUGUACGCUGUGGAAAAAACUACCAGACAAAGGUAGUAAUACAAUAAAAAACAACAACGAGCAGCCAAAACAACGAAUAUAAGCCCCAACAACGUAUAAUAUAGCUAUAGUACACUGGAGAGACCAGACAUGGUUGCACGAGGUGUAUAUGAGGUAGAGCACAAGCUGCAAGAGUAUAUAAGCAGCAGAGAUCUGUCGGGGCCGUGGGCUCGAGACAGUUCAGACAGCUGUGGCAAACGGGCGUCAGAAUGCUUUGCGCGUUCUGUUUGUUUGCAAAAGCCGCCGCCGUUUACUGCAAAGCGCUCCCUAUUCUUACUCUUCACUAGCGUCUCCUUUUGUCUUUAUCUUUUAUCUUUUUUUCUAUUGUCUUCUUCUUCCCUCUUCUUCUUCAAUCAUCAACCAAAAAUUUUUAUCAUAUCCAACGACGAUCCAAACACUACACCCUCUGGGUCCAGCUCGCCUCCCCCAGUAGUGCUGCCGUCUGAUCAAGGGACCCGAGCUCUCGACCAAGUCCAAGAAAUACUAGCCGCCACCAAGACGGACCCGAGCCUCGUCAACACAACUGCCAAGGCCAUCAAUACGGUGACUGCUGCCCGGGCCCUCAACGCCUCCAUACUGCCCCCGGUGACCCCCGAGGCUACGACCCCCGGCCGCCCCCAGGACCCUAUCGACAUUGACGUCUCCGGUUUCGAUAGAGAGCUAGUCGGCUCCUCCCCGCCCCCUGGCCGUAGAAUCUACGUCGAGGUGAAAGCGCAGCGGAAGCGGAAGCGCCUAGUGCCCAAUAACGCUCUGACAGCCGACAAUAGACAGGGCUCCUUUACAGCCCCGAGGUCACUGUUACGGAAAGAUGAAACAUGAAGAAGAUCCUUAUGUUUAUAUAAAGGAUGGUACUAUGGUUGAAUGGCGGGAUUCUGAUGUUCGCCCUACCGACGUGUAGGUAGGCAAUAGAGCAAACUACCACCACCGCUCACUGCUCACCAUACGAAUAAGGGGAUAUAUUCAAUAUUAGGAGCAGUUGUCCGUGAGAAAAACAAACAAGAACAAAAAAUAAAUACAGAUGGAUAAAUAGAUUGGGCACUUCCCCACAGCAUGGCCUCCGUCAAUCACGGUCACAUCGAAGCCAUCUAUAGGCUUGUACUACAGCGCUCUCUCCUCUGCGCUAGCCCACCUGAAAGAAGAGCACUCUACAUGGAGUUAGCGCCUUAGAAGAGACAUCGCCAACGAGCCGGUGCCGCCCAUGGUACAUGGUCGAUUCUACCCUUACAAUGACCCUCGAAACUCUCUCUUCGAGCACACUGAUGAGAAGAAGUCCAAUUAUGCGUACGGAGCUUAUUCCUCCAUGCUCAAAAAAAAAUAGUUCAAUUCAGCUAUUUAGAGAGCCCUAUCAACAGUGUUUCAGAUCCAACAUUGAGAGUCAAAUGAUAGUAAGUACAUAGAAAACAGCCAAAAACACCACACUAUGAUUUAGAGACAGGGAUCACGGGUUUUGAAAAGAAUCUCCGCCGUUAUUUUCCUCUUCUCACGCACUCUGGUAUGGAUUGUGUGGCUUGACUGUAGGUGGUAGACAAGAACAGGCAGUGUUUGGUGCCCUCGGUUGACGCGUCCAAUCACUUGCUUCAUCGAUGAUCGCCCUUCGAUGUCGCCGAUAACAAUCAAGUAGUUGCAGAAAACCAGAUUGUCUAUACCAGUACCAAAAAGCUCCGCAGUGCCAACAAUGACGUGAGGCUGCUUGGAUUGCCUGGCUUCUGCAGCAAUGGUGGCAAUUGUUUCACUUCGCCUCAAUGCGCCACCAGCCGAAUUGCUAGAGAUAUAGUGAACCUGGUAAUAGUCUUUUACGCUGGCCUCAUGUUUCAGACAUAUUGCAACAUGAGCUGCCAACCCAGGCGUACCACAUGCAAUCAGUAUAUGUCGUCGGGUAACCUUUGCCUGGGUGAGGAUUUCAUAAAGUCUGCAGAACCAGUUGUCUCUCGAGCAAUGGGUAAUAAAACGGCGCAUUGGAUCGCUUAGGCCUCGUUCCCAAGCUUCCUGUACUUCGGCCGCAAGUAUUUCGUACCGGCUUGGAUCCGGCAUUUUCGCCGCCGCCGUAGCGAUUGCUGGCAUCAUGGUGGCGGCAUAGUAGAAAUAGACAGCUCUAUUGCACUGAUUGCCGGACUUUUGGCGUAGCUGAUCAAGCACGGGCUGUAGGGUGGUGUCCAACUCUGGCGGGAUAUCGACUCUCACGUCUCUGAUAGGAACAUCACUAAUUCCAACCUCAAUGGGCAUACCAAAGACAAUACUUCCCGUUUUUCGGGCUAUCAUGAUGCCAAGAGAAAACUUGGCAAUCUCAUCAAUCAAGUUUUGCGUAUCAGGUUGGUUUGAUCGUAUUGCCUGUCUGAACCGUCUCUCGAGAUUGUCUAGCAUUCCUUCCUGUUUACUACGAAGAACGCUCAGGGGCCCAGAGAUACUCUUCGGUGAUUUUAGAUAUGGUGUUGCUGUUGUGAAGCAAAAGCUUGCUUUCCUUGGAUAUCGGCGAUUAAUAGAUUGAAGUUGUCGCAUGCCCAUCCAGAAUAGGCUCUCUCGCUCCACGAUCAAAUGGCUCUCAUCCGCAAAAACUAGCGAUGCCCAGCAUGAGCGAAGAAGCCGGACUUCCGUGUCACCGGCUACAACAGUUGUUGAAAACGUCGUGCCAAAUGAGCGUCGUGUAAAGGCGGCUGUACUCAUAAUAAUCAACGUGCGCGCACAAUUUCCGCUCAGUCGGGGUACUGGUGAAUUGACCACGGGCUGGCAUCCACAUGCUUUCGUCAGCUCGUCCAAAGAUUCCCAGUCGUACCGCCUAGUUCGUGGCGACGAUGAGAAUGACAUAUUGCCCGGCAUUAUAGCCUUGAUAUUAUGCACAUCAAUCGCCUCGCGUUCAACAUAGCCCGUUUCCGAAUUCGCCUCGCAGAGCCAUAGCGCUCCGGCUUUGCCAUACACUACAGUUUCGCAAAGAACAUCUUCUCCAGAUAUAUUGUUUGCAAAAUAUUGCGCUGACUUGCCACACGACUCGCCGACCAAAUGUGGAGGUGAAAGCAUGAUGGUGGCUCCGCCAUUAAGAGUGCGUGCAAAUGCUGCACUCAACGAGCCAGGGACACAAGAGCAUUCAAUCCCAAAAUAUUCUCCAGAUGGACAUGGUUGGUCAGUGGUCUCAAGGUCGAUGACUUUGUCGGAAUUGUGACUGGAAGGGUUUUGAGAUCUAUGCUGAAGCACCAGAUAAGCCAAUCGCGUCAUUGUUUGUACCCCUAGAAUGACAUACGACUUCCCAAGACCAGUCUCAUCACAUAUGAGAGCGCCAUCGCUAGAUUCUGAUCCAUGGUGGGCACUGACUUUCUGUACAGCUUUGAAGAUCGCUUCAAGUUGAUAAGGUCUCAAGAUCUUGUUGGUACCAGGUAGCUGCACACCAUUAAGCAAGGCCUGGCGGCUAACUGCAAAGAAUCGGGCCACAUUUUCGAUUUCCGAUGGAGGUGUGUAGCAAUGCUGAACGAGUUUAGACAUAACUGAGUCAUGUAAGCGUGAGGCUCCAUCUUCCCGCUCGACCUCUGGCAGGUCCGUCAGGUCAAUGCAGUUUGCUGAAGUAGAAGUAUCUGGUUGGUAGUUAUCCUCAGGUUCAAUGCGGGACGCAGGCUUUACAACAAUGUCUUGUGGUACCUCAAUCACCUGUCCAGAUAGACUCUCCCUGCCAGGGGUAAAGUGCACGAGGAAGACGGUCGAGGGGUCUACAGAAGGGUUGGCUCGUCGACCGAGGAAGGACUCAGCAAUAACAGACAGACAAACGCGCCACGUUUGGUCGUUAUCGAAGUGCAAAAUAACUUUUGAUUUCCUUCCAUCCCAAGUCCAAUCAAAAUAGGCUGUCUAGGCCGUGCUUUGAAAUGGCGCUUGGUUUACAAGACGAGCCAAAUGGUAUUGUCGAAAGUCAACAAGUUGUGAAUCAUGAUCAGCGAAGUCGGAAAGGGUUCCUUCGGGUUUGGUACCGUCUCCGAAAGUAUAUGCUACACCAAUCAGACAAGUAGCCGCCGAAUUUAUAAGAGUUGCUUCCAUUAUAGGAGGAUAGUUUAGAUUAUGGCGAUUGUUGCCGAUGGUGAAACUGAGGAGGAGUAGUUGAAGACAAAAAACAAAAAACCAAUAGCGGGGCGUGGGGGAUAACGGAUAAUUCACUACGC